AGUAAACGACCGCCGAUUGAAAGCGCAGAAGAAGAAAAGCCGGAGGAAAGACGGCUCUCCACUUUCCAUUAGCAAAAAAGCGCACAGAUCUGUAGAUUCUGGUCACAUUCGGAAGAAAACUCUCAUUUGACGACGUUUUUUGCGUUUUAAGAUACACCCUUCGCUCUCUUGUUGAAUUUACAAAUAGCUAUAGGCUGGGUCAUGGAAAAAAACUGAAUGUAAUCCGGAAACAUUCGCUUGUCUGGUUUCAGCGAAUACAGUAGCAGCUAUCACUCUAGCGAGUUGGCAGCUGUCUGAAAAGUACAGAUGCGUUGAAGUUCCUCUGCCGAAGAGUUUUUGGCUGGUUACAUGUAGAUGUAUGAAUCUGGAGGAAAACUGUGGAGCGAAGAAAAGAGACUUGGAUAACAAAAUAACAAGUGUGGAAUAGUCGAGAAGAGGAUAUUGCCGACAGAACGGAAUUUCUUGUAGACCUGUGCGUGGAGAUAACGGAGAAAUUCAGUCUGCGCGACGUUGCUCGCUACAGAUGAUGGCAAACGAGCCGAUCAUAUUGAACGUUUAUGAUAUGUACUGGAUUAACGAGUUCACCACCUCGCUGGGCAUCGGGGUGUUCCACUCAGGGGUGGAGCUCUACGGCAGAGAGUUUGCGUAUGGGGGACACCCGUACGCGUUUUCGGGGAUAUUCGAGAUCUCCCCCGGAGAGGCCGUGGAGCUCGGGGAAACCUUCAAAUUCAAAGAGUCGGUGGUCCUGGGCAGCACUGAUUUCCUGGAGGAGGACGUGGAGCGGAUCGUAGAGGAGAUGGGGAAGCAGUACAAGGGCAACGCCUACCACCUCAUGCACAAGAACUGCAACCACUUCUCCUCUGCACUCUGCCAGAUCCUGUGUGGGCGGGGCAUCCCUCGCUGGGUGAACAGGCUGGCCUAUGUCAGCUCCUGCAUCCCGUUCCUCCAGAGCUGCCUGCCCCGGGAGUGGCUGACCCCGGCCGCCCUGCAGACCAGCGUGAGGCAGCAGGGCCUCCAGGACGAGGACGGGGGCGCUUCUGUUACCCCCCUGCCCCCGCUGCCCCCCCUGCCCCGCUCCGCUGUCGCCCCCCUGCCCCAGCACAACCACUACCAGCCCCGCCGAUAGACUGCAUCACCCGCGGCAACAGGCCCCGCCCCGCCCCUCCGCCUCGGUCACCGGGACCGCGAUCCACCGCCAGCUCCGACAGACCCCGCCCCUCCACCGUGAUUGGCCGAACAGCUCGGGCCAAUGGGCUGCCACAUUCCAACAGUGGAUGAUUAUGUUGUUCUGCCCUGACGGACAGACCGACGGACUGAGAGUCUGACGGACAGACGGACUGAAGGCCCAGUGGACCAGAACAGUGGGCAUAGGAGCCACAGGGUUGGACCAAACCAACAUUCCUCCUGUUUCUCUUUACCACGGAAAUCACAAACUGCUGUUUCCUUUUAUCUGAUACUCUUAUGAUCUUAUACUCUUGGAAUUCUCCUACAGACAAGGCCUGAUUGUGAUUGGUGUUUUUGUUAUUUUUCUAUGCUGAUCUUCUUCUGUUUGUGUUUAAUGUGAUAACCAGUCUCUAGGAUUUUCCAGAACCUAUUUUUAAACCUUUUUUAAAUUAUGGCAAGCUGUUGUUUGCACAAUAGUGUGUGUGUGUGUGUGUGUGUGCGCGCGCACAUGCAUGCAUGAGUGUGUAUGCAUGAGUGAAUGACUGCAAUAUCCUGAGGAAAAAGCAAUACGUUUAAAUAUGAAAUGUGAAAAUCUGACAAAUUAAAUUUUUAUGUGUCAAAAUGUACUGUAUUAAAAACCAUAAGUUACUUCUUUGCCAGAUGGUAUUUUAUGCAUGUUAUUGACUACGGUAUGUUUUGCAAUAGUGUGUACAACUGCAUGCAUCAAAAGUGGCUUUUUGUGUUUUAGAAUAUAUCUAGUAAAUGUUGCCCUUUGAUACCACACCUUCAAAAACUUUUACAUUUUGAAAUGUUUUGACAAAUAUAAUCUUUUAUAACCUAAAGGUUAGUGUGAUAUUACUCUCAUUUGUUUCAUAAAACACACAAGGUGCAAUUUC